AUAUACUAGUUAAUCAAUGAACUGUUGUGUAUCAAUCAGUACCAAGGUCGUCACUCAACUGGACCGCACAUGUAUGUGGGUCUUGCGUACAAGAGAUCUAACAAAAUGACGCGUGUUUAUUUCGUAUUAUUAAUUUUAAGCGGAAGUGCGGUGUUUCAGUCUGUGCAUGCAGCCAGGAUGCUGUGCAUAUACCCGGUGCCGUUCCACAGCCACCAGACGGUGUUCCAUGCAAUGACGGAAGCACUGGCGGCCGAGGGACACGAGCUAGUGGUCCUCACACCACUACCACACAAGAAACCAAUACCAAACGUCACAGAAAUAGAUGUUCAUGACAUUUCAUAUAAACUUUGGGAGGACAAGUACGGUGAAUAUCAAAAAACCCACGAGUUUACUGCUGAUCCAGUCACGUUUUGGGAAGACGCGGUGACUCCAAUCAUACAUAGCGUCGUGGACGCACAGAUGAGCUCACCAGGAAUGCAGGCACUCAUCAACGAUCAGAACCAGCAUUUUGAUGUGAUAUUAGCGGAAGCUCCCGCCCCGCUCAGCAUCAUGAUCGCAGCGAGGUUCGACGCUCCUAUUAUUUUAGUGAGUUCAUUCUUCGGAAGCGACGACAAUUUCCUCACAAUCGGGGCACCGAUUCAUCCUAUUUACUUUCCGGAGUAUAAUAUGCAAAAAGUCGGGAAUAUGUCUUUCUGGGAAAGAGUGAAGCAAAUAUACACAACAUUGCGACUGAGAUGGAUGGAGAGGGUACUUAAAGACAAAGAAAAUGCAAUGAUAAGAAAACAUUUUGGAAAUGACGCACCUACAAUUACGGAACUUAAGAAAAGAGUUGAAAUGUUAUUUGUAAAUGUACAUCCUAUUUGGGAUAACAACCGACCUGUUCCUCCAUCUGUAGUAUACAUGGGAGCACUUCAUUUAAGGGAUCCGAAACCAAUUCCUAAAGAUCUUCAAUCGUACUUGGAUGCUUCCAAAAAUGGUGUUGUUUACAUGAGCUUAGGGUCUAAGAUCAGGUUCUCAGAUCUUCCAGAAGGCACAAUGCAGGUAUUUCUGAACGUGUUCGCAUCUCUUCCCUACGAUGUGUUGAUAAAGUGGAAUGGAGGAGAGCUCAAGAACAAACCUGCUAACGUAAGAUUGGAGAAGUGGCUGCCACAAAAUGACAUGCUCCAUCAUCCCAAAAUCAAGGUAUUUCUAAUGCAAGGAGGUCUGCAGUCGACUGACGAGGCAAUAGCAGCAAAUGUGCCAUUGAUAGGUUUUCCGGUGUUCGGGGAUCAGUUUUAUAACGCCCAGAUGUUUAUGAAGCUUGAUAUCGGCAGACAAUUGGAUAUCAAAACAAUAAAUGAACAAGACCUGCGACAAGCCAUUCUGGAUGUUGCUGAAAAUGAAAGGUACCGUCGCAACAUCGCAUCGCUGUCGCUGGUGCUGCAGGAGCAGCGGGCGGGCGGGCUGCAGCGCGCGGUGCGCGGCGCGGCGCGCGUGGCGGCGCGUGCGGCGCGGCCCCUGCGCUCGCCGCUGGCUGACGCUUCGCUCGCGCAGACCCUCAUGCUGGACGUGCUGGUGGCGGUGGCGACGGGCGCGGUGGUCACCACUGUCGGCACCGCCGUGCUAGCCCUCCUGCUGUACAGAGCUGUCAGGAGAGCUGUUGGCACACAGCCAAAACUUAAGUCUAAGUAGAUGUGGGUUGAAUAAUAUUGAUAAUUAAGUAAAUAAUAGAUGUAUAUUUUUGUAAAUAAAAUUAUUUAGUUCU